AUGUUCGCCAACCCCAAGGACAUAACAGACACCGAGACGGAAAUCUUCAUUUUCUUCAAUACUCUCCACGUUUUCACCCUCACCCUUAUUGUCGGCUUCGGUGUGUGCUUCUUUAUGUACUAUGUUCUCCGCAGCGAAUGGGAGAUCCAGCAAGAGGUGGCGAAUAUGCCAGUGUUUAGGAAUAUUCCCGAGUUCGGCGACGACUCAGAUGAAGAUGGAGAGGAGAUGGUGGGGUUCAUCGCAGAGCGCAACGAGGGCUCCGGAAUGCGGGGCUUGAGGGUGAACAUGGAGGAAUAG